UCUUCCCACUUCUCACUCCUGAUCUCCGCCGUGUGAUCCGCUCAGCUAUCAUCCCUUCGUUCCGCACUGCUCUCUCUCUCUCUCUCUCGUUCACUUCUCUCCAUUACUUCGUUGCUAUCCACCGCACCUUCCCUUACCGCAGUUGACCGCAUUGCUUCCGCGUUAUCCCCCCUUCCGUCGCCUCAAGCUCUCUCUCUCGCCCUCGGACCGUCUCCUCUCGCCUGCUCCUCCCCGCCACGCCGCGCCGGGCGGGGCAGCGCGGCGUGGGGCGUGCCAUCGCCAGCGCGCCAUGAGGGGUGGCCCUGUGGGCCUGCACUGCCCGCUGGCAGGGACGCCUUGCCAACCGCACGACAGCACUUAUGCAAGCUUAGGUGGGCGGUUGGCGUCGCGGUGUAGAACGCUGCUGGGCGACGCGAGCAGUUCCAGACGGCGUCCAGGCGAUUUGUCACGGCGACAGUCGCAUGGUCGCCUGCGAUUUUCUGCACGGUGUGAGCUCGCGCCACCCCCAAAGAUCGCGGUGCGCGGUCUGUCCCGGCGGGCGGCGAGCACGGGCGCGCUCGUCCUGGACGCGGUGAGUCUGGACGUGGCGGCGGGGCAGCUGUUCGGGCUCAUCGGGCCGUCGGGCAGCGGCAAGUCGACGCUGCUGCGCGCCAUCAACCGCCUGUGGGAGCCGGAGCGGGGGCGCAUCUUCGUGGACGGGCGCGACGUGACGGGCAUGGACGUGCAGCAGCUGCGGCGGCGCGUGGGCAUGGUGUUCCAGAGCCCGCACCUCUUCCCUGGCACGGUGGCGGACAACGUGCGGUACGGGCCGGCCCUGCAGGGCAUCGCGCUCGGCACGGAGGACCUGCAGAGCCUGCUGCUGCGUGCGGGGCUCGACCCCUCCACCGCCUUCCUGCAGCGCUCCGCCCUGGAGCUGUCCGGGGGCGAGGCGCAGCGUGUGUCCAUCGCGCGCGCCCUGGCCAACUCGCCCGAGGUGUUUCUGCUGGACGAGCCCACGAGCUCGCUGGACCCCACGGCCACGCGCAAGGUGGAGGAGACCAUGGAGCGCCUGAGGCGGGACGAGGGGCUCACCGUCGUCGUGGUCUCGCACAGCAUGCCGCAGAUCGAGCGCGUGGCCGACGUGACGGCGCUGCUCAGCCAGGGCCGGGUGGUGGAGAUCGGGCCGCCUGGGGAGCUGCGGGACAGCGACAACCCUGGUGUCGCCAGCUUCUUCACGGGGGAGCUCAGCUGAGGCGCGAGGACGGUAGUGGUAAGGGAAGUGCAGGGCCUCUGGUGUACAGAAAACACGGGUGGCACGUUCGUAUCAGUGAUGUUUAGUAUGUAACUCCCGUCUCUGUGAUGCCAUUUCUCGCCUCCCGCACUGUGGGGGAGACAUCCUAUGUGCUUGGAAUCUCCCCUGCUGUGGUUGUUCCAAAAAAAACUGCCUCAGAUGAGUUGCUUGCAGGUACUGCAUGAGGCAACUGCCAUCCUAAACUACCACGGGCAAGUCUAUGAUAUGAUGCGGGAAUUCACCCUAGAACAGGCCCCCAAAUUGGUUUUGGGGGACGCUGAUCCUUCAGUGUCCCCUGCCAUUCCUUGGGUUGGUCAUCAGCGUUGCCCUCGGAAAAAAGGCUGAAAAAUCAG